AUGGCACUGUGUUUCCUGGCACUGUGUCUCCUGGCACCGUGUCUCAUGGCACUGUGUUUCCUGGCACUGUGUCUUCUGGCACUGUGUCUCCUGGCACUGUGUCUCCUGGCACUGUGUCUCCUGGCACCGUGUCUCAUGGCACUGUGUUUCCUGGCACUGUCUCCUGGCACUGUGUCUCCUGGCACUGUGUCUCCCGGCACCGUGUCUCAUGGCACUGUGUCGCCCGGCACUGUGUCUCCAGGCACUGGGUCUCCUGGCACUGUGUCUCCCGGCACCGUGUCUCAUGGCACUGUGUCGCCCGGCACCGUGUCACAUGGCACUGUGUCUCCUGGCACUGUGUCUCCCGGCACCGUGUCUCAUGGCACUGUGUCGCCCGGCACUGUGUCUCCAGGCACUGGGUCUCCUGGCACUGUGUCUCCCGGCACCGUGUCUCAUGGCACCGUGUCUCCUGGCACUGUGUCUCCCGGCACCGUGUCUCCCGGCACUGUGUCUCCCGGCACUGUGUCUCCCGGCACCGUGUCUCAUGGCACUAUCUACGUUCAACAUUU